UUAAAAGCGAGCCGCUGCAACCCUCCCGUUGUUUCAAAUUAAUUCAAGUCUCCCAGAAAUCCAGAAUAGUCGCAGAGAGUACAGAAUCAUUACUUGGGUCUCUCCAAUCCUCCGUGGAAAAGAACCCAACAAAACCAAUUCACUGAUGUAACUUCUUGGUUUUGUGAGGUUUCAACCAUUAAAAAAUCGUUUAUCCCCUUCUUUUUGGUUGAGAGAUUUGAGUACCAAUUACCAAGCAAAACCCUUAAAUUUCUCUUAGAGAGGAAAAGGAAAACCCGGUUGAUGGUUUCUUGUUUUGGCUAAAUUGAAUUGACAACUUUCUGGUGUUUGCUCGUUGGUACUAAUUGGGUUCGAGUUUGAUUUGUGGUUGAAAUGAGUGAUUUUGAUUGCCGGAAAGUUCGAAAUAUUUGCAUUCUUGCCCACGUUGAUCAUGGCAAGACUACACUUGCUGAUCAUCUCAUUGCGGGCUAUUCUGGUGGGUUACUCCACCCGAAGCAAGCUGGUCGACUGAGGUUUAUGGAUUACCUCGACGAAGAGCAGAGGCGGGCAAUUACAAUGAAGAGUUCCUCUAUAGCUCUCAAAUACAAUGACUACUCUAUCAAUCUAAUAGAUUCUCCGGGGCACAUGGAUUUCUGCUGCGAGGUCUCGACUGCUGCUCGAUUGAGUGAUGGUGCCUUGAUCCUGGUAGAUGCUGUUGAGGGAGUUCAUAUACAGACCCACGCUGUUCUGCGCCAGGCAUGGAUAGAGAAGCUUACGCCUUGUCUGGUCCUCAACAAAGUUGAUCGGUUAAUCACAGAACUAAAAUUGAGUCCUGAAGAAGCUUAUAAUCGGUUGCAGAGGAUUGUUCACGAAGUUAAUGGGAUUGUGAGUGGAUACAAGUCAGAGAAGUAUCUUUCCGAUGUAGAUUCCAUACUUGCUGCCUCUGCCGGUGAGAUGGGGGUUGAGAAUCAGGAGUUUGUGGAUGACGAUGAAGAAGACACUUUCCAACCCCAAAAGGGAAAUGUGGCUUUUGUUUGUGCUUUGGAUGGUUGGGGCUUUUGCAUUAGCAAGUUUGCCGAUUUCUAUGCUUCAAAACUUGGGGCAAGUGCAGCUGCGUUGCAGAAGGCUUUGUGGGGUCCUCACUAUUAUAAUCCUAAGACCAAGAUGAUUGUGGGAAAGAAGGGAAUCAGUAACUUGAGUAAGGCUCGGACGAUGUUUGUGCAGUUUGUGCUUGAACCACUCUGGAAUGUCUAUCGGGCAGCUCUUGAAUCCGAUGGAGAGAAGGAAUUGCUGGAGAAAGUCAUGAAGUCAUUCAAUUUGUCUAUACCUUCUCGCGAGCUUCAGAACAAGGACCCAAAAGUUGUGCUUCAAGCUAUCAUGAGCCGCUGGCUUCCUUUGUCUGAUACAAUCUUAUCCAUGGUGGUUAAACGUAUGCCUGGUCCCAUUACAGCUCAGUCUUUUCGGAUCUCACGGUUGCUUCCAAAGAGGGAGGUAGUGGACAAUGGGGAUAACUCUGAUGUGCUUGUAGAGGCAGAACAAAUCAGAAAAUCUGUUGAGGCUUGUGAUUCUGGCCCAGAAGCUCCAUGUGUUGCUUUUGUAUCUAAGAUGUUUGCUGUGCCAUUAAAAAUGCUCCCUCAAAGGGGACCGAAUGGAGAAGUUGUGAACAAUUUCAUGGAAGAAGGAGGGGCCGGGGAAUCAGAUGAGUGUUUCCUAGCCUUUGCAAGGGUUUUCAGUGGGGUUCUUUAUUCAGGACAAAGAAUAUUUGUGCUGACAGCUUUAUAUGAUCCAUUGAGAGGGGAAUCAAUGCAGAAGCAUGUACAGGAAGCAGAGCUAGAGUCCUUGUAUCUAAUGAUGGGGCAAGGCUUGAAGCCCGUGGCUUCUGUAAAGGCAGGAAAUGUUGUGGCAAUUCGAGGCCUUGGGCAGUAUAUCUUGAAGAGUGCCACUCUCUCAUCCACAAGAAAUUGUUGGCCUCUAUCAAGUAUGGUUUUCCAAGUUGCUCCAACUUUGAGAGUGGCAAUUGAACCUUCUGAUCCAGCAGAUAUGGGUGCACUUAUUCGGGGUCUCAGGCUUCUGAAUCGAGCAGAUCCUUUUGUAGAGGUUACUGUUUCUGCAAGGGGGGAACAGGUGCUUGCAGCUGCAGGAGAGGUUCAUCUUGAGAGAUGCAUAAACGAUUUGAAAGAAAGAUUUGCGAGGGUAAGCCUGGAAGUCUCGCCACCCCUUGUCUCUUAUAAAGAAACCAUUGAAGGGGAGGGAUCUAAUCCACUAGAGAAUUUAAAGGUAUUAACUGCUAGCUCUGAUUAUAUUGAGAAGACAACACCAAAUGGACGAUGUGUUAUUCGAGUGCAUGUCAUGAAACUUCCACCUAUGCUCACUAAGCUGCUUGACGAAAGUGCAGAUUUACUUGGAGAAAUAAUAGAAGGCAAACCAGGACAAAGAAACCAAAUCUUGGGAACACAGAGAGGAAAGUGUACUGUUGAAGGUGAUGAUCCAAUUGAAACACUUAAGAAAUACAUUGUCAAUGCUGUAGAGAGUGAAAUCAAAACUGGAAGUAAAGAAAUAGAUAAGGAAAGAAUUGAGAAAUAUAGAAGUCUGUGGCAUCAAUUUCUUCAUAGGAUUUGGGCACUUGGACCUAGGCAGGUGGGUCCUAAUAUCCUCCUUGUUCCCAAUUCCAAAGGUUCAAAGAUCAAUGGUUCUGUUCUUAUUAGGGGCUCUCCAAAUGUAUCAGAGCGAUUGGGGUUUGUGGAUGUAGGUAGGAUGAAAAAUAGAGAUGAAGAUAUACCUGAUCAAUCAUUGUACGUGGAAGUGGAGAAUCUUGAGAGCAGUGUGGUAUCUGGGUUCCAACUAGCUACGGCAGCUGGACCAUUGUGUGAUGAACCCAUGUGGGGUUUGGCAUUUCUUGUAGAAGCUUAUAUUGUUCCAUUAGGGGUGCAUUCUGAUGAGUCUGAAUCUUCAACUCAGCAACUAGAUCAAUAUGGAAUUUUUUCAGGGCAGGUUAUGGCAGCUGUCAAAGAUGCAUGCAGGGCAGCUGUGCUUCAGAAGAAACCUUGGCUAGUGGAAGCCAUGUAUUUCUGUGAACUGAACACACCAACUGAAUAUCUGGGUCCCAUGUAUGCUGUUCUCUCCAGGAGGCGGGCCCGAGUUUUGAAGGAAGAGAUGCAAGAAGGAUCUCCAUUAUUUAGUGUACAUGCAUAUGUACCAGUUGCUGAAAGCUUUGGGUUUGCAGAUGAGCUUAGGAGAUGGACUUCUGGAGCUUCAAGUGCUCUACUUGUACUUAGCCAUUGGGAGGCACUUUCUGAGGAUCCUUUUUUCGUACCCAAAACAGAAGAGGAGAUUGAAGAAUUUGGAGAUGGUUCAAAUGUUCUACCAAACACAGCAAGGAAACUUAUUGAUGCUGUGAGGCGGCGGAAAGGCCUCCCUGUGGAGGAAAAAGUGGUCCAACAUGCAACAAAGCAAAGGACCCUAGCCCGUAAAGUGUGAUAUUGUUGUUUGAAAGGAUUACCAAUAGCACUAGAAGUUCAAUUGUAAGUUGUUUCAUCAAUUUACUGGAGAAAUGACAUACGUUUAUAAAAUCAAACUUAA